CUUCAAAAUUAUACUGCCACCUAUAAGUAUCCUUCUCCCUUCUUCAUUCCUUCUUCAAACUUCAUAAUUCAUCUUUUUUUUUUUCUUUCUUUCCAAAAUUGCGAUUUUUUACUUCCAAAUUCGAUCUCUGACCAGAGAUGGUUGAUUUGGGUUGGAAGGCAAACAUGGUUUCCUCCGACAAGACUACCACCGCCACCACCACUAAAUCCUCUAAGGUCAUCCCCAUCCUCAACAACAAGCUUAAUCUAUCUCUUCCUGUUUCCUUCCGUUCUUCUGAGCUCUCAACUGCUUCACCUUCCUCUUGUUCCUCAUACGAACACUACCUUCGUCUCAAUCAUCUCAGGAAGUUAUGGAGUUCUAAGGAGUUUCCUGAAUGGAGGAAUGAGUCCGUGUUGAAGCCGGGUUUACAGGCUUUGGAGAUUACUUUCCGCUUCAUAUCGACCGUUUUGUCUGAUCCACGUCCCUAUGCGAACCGCCGGGAGUGGAAGAGGAAGCUUCAGUCUCUUACCACCACUCAGAUCCAACUCAUUGCUAUGAUUUGUGAGGACGACGAAGAGGACGGUGAAUCACGCGGUAGAGUUCCGAUUGUCGAUCUCAGUUCAUCAGACGGUAUGAUUACUCGAGACGGAAGCUCCGCGGAGGUUUGGAAGAUUCAUGGAGAAGCUACUGUUGUGAACAGAACGAGUGAAUCCAGUCUUCUUCCUCGACUUGCGUCAUGGCAGAGCUCUGAAGAUAUUGCGCAGUUGAUUCAAUACUCUGUUGAAUGUGAGAUGAGGAGAUGCCCGUACACGUUAGGGUUAGGGGAGCCGAAUUUGGCUGGGAAACCAAAUCUUGAUUACGAUCUAAUUUGUAAGCCAAACGAGCUUCAUUCUUUGAGGAAGAGUCCGUACGAACAGAUCGAAAAUUACGAGAAUCAAACGGUUUACACAACGCACCAGAUCCUGGAGUCGUGGAUUUACUCGGCGCAUGAACUUCUGAAACGAAUUGAAGAGAGAAUCGAGAAGAAGGAUUUCGCCGGAGCUGCGAGAGAUUGUUAUAUGAUGGAACGGAUCUGGAAGCUUCUACAAGAGAUUGAAGAUCUUCAUCUUCUAAUGGAUCCGGAUGAUUUCCUAAAGCUGAAGAAUCAAUUAGCGAUAAAAUCACUUCAAGAAUCAGAAGCGUUCUGCUUCAGAUCGACGACGUUGGUAGAGAUUACAAAGCAAUGCAAGGAUCUGAAGCACAAGGUGCCGUUGAUAUUGGAUGUGGAAGUUGAUCCAAUGGGGGGACCAAGGAUUCAAGAGGCGGCGAUGAAAUUGUACAGCGAGAAACAAGAGUCGGAGAAGAUUCAUCUUCUGCAAGCUCUGCAAGCGAUUGAAUCGGGGAUAAAGAAAUUCUUCUUCGCAUACAAGCAAGUUCUGGUGAUGGUGAUGGGAAGCUUAGAGGGGAAGGGGAACCGAGUUGUGGUGAGUUCGAACUCGGAUGAUUCAUUGAGUCAGAUAUUUCUGGAACCAACUUAUUUUCCGAGUUUAGACGCUGCUAAGACGUUUCUUGGAGAUUUACAUGGUGUUUUCGGGUCAGAUCGAAGGACCCGGAUGAAGAUUUAGAACGACUCGGGUUGACCCAGUCAACACACAAAUGUUGACUUUGGUUCUAAAUUUUUAUUUUUAUUUAUAUAUAUAAUUAGCUCUGCAUCCCAUCCCCCAAAAAUACAUCAGAUUAAAUUAAUUGUUUUUAUCAUAGAAAGGAAUGUAAAAUCUUUAUAUUGGUUGUAUAAUCACAUUUUAAAGUUUUGCCUUUUCUUUUAUUCAACAUUUGUAUUUAUUAAUCUAAUUUAAUUCAUACUUAAAUUACUGAUUCAUUCAA